UGAGCAAGUAGUCGCGUAUCUAACACCGGCUGCCUCCAGGUUCGACCGACCCUCGUCCUCGAGCGAAGACUCUCUAAUCCAGCACACCUGGGCCUUAACACAUCUCCGCCAUGGAGAGUGCUAGUCCCCCAGCACCCGUCCACAACUACCAGAACGUCCAGGAAGGCAUCUGGCCCAACGGUCCCGUGCAGCUGGCGCGUGGCCGCCAGGCAAAGGAUCCAAACGCCAAAACCAUAAGCUACACCGUCACGUCGCUGGAGGAAUUCGAGACGUCCCUUCGCGAAUACCUCAGAGAGCCGCCCGAGCAGCCGGAGCACACAGAGUGCCAGUUGUCCUUCUGGAUUGGCGCCAGCUUCCUGGUGUCGACCCCCUCGCAGCCGGCGACGCAGAAUGCUCAGCGGCCGCACCAGGCUUCACAAGCUCACGCUCUGCACCCUCAAGCACCGCCUGGCUACCAGCCCGCAAACGGCCUGCACCCGCAGUAUGGCGCUCCUGCGCUCGCGCCGCACACGUACCAGUCGGUCGCCGACCCUGCCAUUGCCCUUACCUUGCCCUCGUACGCGCCUUCCUCGAGUGCAUCGGGAAGCAACAACCGUAAGGAAAAAGACCUUGACAACAAGAUCAGCCUGAGCAUCCUCGAGGCGCUGGCCCCGACGAAUGACCCGAAAGAGAAGAUGCGGAAGCAGCGUGCUAUUGCAAAGUGCUGUGUCGACUCCAUCCAGAAAUGUGAUGGUUAUCGGUACAGCUUCCAUAAUUGCUGGAACAGCCGCGAGGAUGACUCCUUCCGGUUCUCCUACUACUGCAAUGACUCCUUGCUGAAUAAAGAUCGCGCCGCCAAUGGUAAAGGUGCGAAGCUAGGCAAGCGGGCGACGAAACCAGUCUACGACUGUCGCGGUGUGCUUGCUGUUAAGUUCUCGGCAAACAAGCAGAGCCUCGAUGUCUUCUAUAAGCAUAUACCAAUACACAAAACUUACGAGGAGAGGGCUCCCCCACCUCGGAAGGAUUCAAAGCGGCGGAAGCAUCUGGAGCAGACCGACCCCGAAGCUCUAAUUAGGAUAGCAAACAGACCGAAACCCCCAAAGCCGCCAGAGCAAGGGUCAGCUAAUCCCGAUGCUCCACCUAGACCCAAGAAGAGGAAGGCGAAACGUGAUGACAUCCAGAAUAAGCAGACUGCGCAAAGUUCAAUCGAGAGUGACCUCAGAGCUCAAAGCCUACGGUCACUCCUCGAGCUCAUCCAGACAGACCCAGCUCCAGAACCCCUGCAGGGGCAGCAACCUCAACAAAGCCUCAAUAGAAAUGUUGAAGAAGAACCUCCUCCAAGGCAGCCUCUGCCUCUGCCUCCGCCUCAGCCUCAGCCUCCUGCUCCGCCUCAGCAGUCACGUCGUCGGCCGCGAAACAGCUGCGAUGUGUGUAAAACGAAGAAAACUAAGUGCGACGGCACCCGUCCCGUUUGCCACACUUGUUUGGAGAAGAAGCGACAAUGUAUAUACUCUGAGCCGCCUCCAGACGAGCAUCGACAGUCUGCGCCUCAUCCUUCACAGCCGGUAGCUUCAAGAGAGCCUGUUCGCCAAGCACAGGCGGCCAGCAGUGAGCUGUCUGAGCUGGAGAAGACGAAGAAGGAACUUGAGGAAGCCAAAGCGCGUAUACAACAGCUAGAAGCCGAAAAGACACAUGGUUCUACCACACCCUCACAAACGCCUCAGCCUCCUCCAUCGCAGCAGAUACAGACGCCUCAAUAUGGCCAUUUCAGGAAUCAUGCAAGUCAUGCUUCGUAUGGAAUGAAUAGGUCGAUGCAGCCGCAAAGUGCGCCGCAUCAGCCGCAGGCAACCCCUCAAAUGCACCCUUCUGGUACUGGUCUAACACCCACACAAGACUCCAGCAACCCAUACAGCAACAGUCGUGGGUUUAACUGGGGGGCGACGCCUUAUUUUUAUGAACAGCCAACAAACAUCCAUCAGACACCUCAGCAGCAUCAGCAAGAUCAAUGGGCAGCAGCAAGAAGCUCAGGCGUGUUUCGGUAGUUAAAAAUGUUCCUUGUUCCUGCAUUACGGUUACGGAAUUCCAUGGUAGGCGCAGAGGGGGCGAACGACAUUAUACCCUUAGUUAUUGU